AAAUUAUUCGUUCGCUUCGAUUAUUGGUUGUGCAGUAUUCGUUCGAUUAAUAAUCGAUUUCUGUAGGAAGUAUUCGAUUAAUCGAUUAAUCGAACGAUUAUCGGGGAUCACUAUCUGGAAUCAACCCAUGAUUCUGCCGUUUAUUCAAAGGCAGGUAUAAUAUGGUCGGAAUCAUUUGGCUUUCAUAGCAUAAUCCUUUCAGUAAACAGUGGAACUCUCAGAAUAGGGAAAGAUCAAAAUUCAGAUUCCACGAUGGACGCCUACAUGCGUCUGAACUGGUCCAAACAAAAUCGCCGUAGCGAGCAGCGCUUACUCGAACAAUUUGCAAUUGACUUCUCUCGCUAUGAGGAGGACAUAUUCAAUCUGCACAUAAACGAAAUAGAUCCCAUUCAUCAACUGGGCGAUGUAUAUGACGAUGACCAGACUCCACUGCAGUACCCAAUUGAUCCCCGUACAGGCCUCGAAAUGCGUCGCUUAGUGAUCGAUACCACUAAGCCGUUCCGGAUGUUCGAACAGUUUCCCACCGGUUCGAAGUUGGGUCGUGCCGAACAUCAGCAUUGUCUAACUGUGCUGAAUAGGCUAAACUUGCGGUUGGGAUUUGAUUCGCCAGAAGAGAAAGAAGCCCUUGGAAAGUAUAAGACCCUGAUGAAGAAAUUAGGAAAGGAACAGUGUUUAUUCGAUAGUUUCGUGAAAAAAUAUUUUAAUACUCACCUAGUCGGUAGAAAGAAGAUCAUCGAUCACGAACUGAACCAGCUAGUCAUCGCUAUUUGGAAAAGCAAAGUACAGAGAAUGCUGCAAGGGAUUUCGGAUAGCAAGUUCUACCUGUCCACUGCCGUGAUGUGGAUGAAGUAUGGAGUAAAUGAACAAAAUGUUACAUUUGAACUCGCCUCGGAAAAUGUGUUGGAAUUGGGAGUGGUUAAAAAUAUUUUCACCGAAAAUUUACUCCACUGUAACACUUUGAAGCGCAACAAACGGAUACUGGAUCAAUUUUGCAGUGAUGAGGCUCACUUUGUAAGCGUAGAUGAUGCCCUCCAAAUAGAGACGAUUUUGAGACAGGAUGAAAGUAUAAGAUUUGUAAUAAGUUCGGGAGCACUUAACUAUUUGUUGAACAGUGCCACUAAUCUGCAACAGCGUUGGAUGAUACCAAUCCAAAUCAGAACCAUUGGAGAUCGAAAUGUUAUAAUAUUUGGGAAGAAAUUGCAACCAACAAAAAUGUUGUCCCACGAUAGAAAUAUUAAAGCUCAUAAAUAUCUGGUAAGGAGUUUCAUGACGAUAACUAAGAAGGUACGGGAAAACAACGCAAAGGAAUCGAAGCCGGUGACCACACCGGAAUACAUUCCGGUUCAUUUCGAUGAGUAUUUGCACUCAUUGCAAAAAAGAAGACAGUCUAUGCCCCAAUCUGAACAGAAUGUGCGCCUUGGGCUGUGGAAACUUUCUGAUGGGGACAAUCAGUGUAAAUUCCUCGUGAGAUCUCGAAUGGACUGUUAUGAAUCUCUACGCAAAAUGAAAUUCUACAUAAAUAUAUCCAUCAAGUUGGAAUACCAAGCGGAAUUUGGUGCCGAACAGAUGACUAGCAGUGAAUUGUUGCGAGAAUGGAUACGUCAAUUUUUGAGGCCCAAUUCGAAAACUCUUCGACUUCGCAUCGAUGCCCUUACCCAUGCUAUACUUUCUCACCACUAUCUGGAACUGAAGGAUAUUGAAGAAGAACUUAAACGGAAGUACAACAUCGAGCCCAUGAAUCUGUUCACUAAUCUGUGGCAAACACUCAAACUGCUGCUGAACUUUCCACCCGGUGAGCAUCUUAUGCAACAUGACAUCAAAAACCCCGAAACCGUGAUGAUUCUUACGCGUGACCCCAAGGCGCUCAAUGCUAGUUCCAGCAUAGAUCUAAAUGAUAUCUACAACAAUGUAGAAUAUGAACAGUGCGCCCUGGAAGAGUAUGAAUGGGUACCCAUCGACAGAACUGUAAUAACGAAAAUGCACAGAGAGCACACUCUGCUUCCGUGUACUUUCCCACAUUGGCACAACGUUCAGCGCAUUGUACGCAGAGAAAAAAUUGAACCCAAACGACCACCACCACCGCCAAAGGUGGAAGGAAAACCCAAAAAGAAGAAAUCAAAAGGUAAUCGGGUCCGACGCAAACAGAAACUACGCGAGAAAAAGAUCCAACAACAAAAGCAACAGGCAAUCGUAUCACAAUUGCAGCAAUCUCUGGAUCAGUUUGCACCAUACGAAGGCCCAGUAAGGACUAGCAAAACUAAUGUGGUCCCAUCUCCAAUGAGUGCGACGAAACCAGCAUCCCCUUCAACGAAUUUGACGAAAAAAGAAACGUUUGAUUAUCAAUCAUAUGUUAACCAGGCGAACAUAAACUAGGAACUGUGAUUUAAAAAUGUAAAUACAACAACGUGAAUAUCACUCCAAGCUAUCCCGUCUCGUACUUAUGUAAGUACUUUUCCACCAGCCUUUAUCCAGCUCAUUUUCGAUGGAGUUCCAGGUAAAAUGGGUUGGGGGCCGUUCCUCGCCGUUGAGAAAUGUGAAGUUUUUACUCAACUCGAUAGCCAGUCUGGAUCUAAUAAGCCCAAUUGAACCGUAUUGCUCGGGGGCUGGGUGGUAGACACGUCCACUCGUGGGAAACAUACAGAUCCGAUUGGGUUCCCAGGGCACGCUCAAAAGGUCUCCAGCGUGUGCGUACGCGAGUCGUUCGAUACCCUCUGUCAAGAUAAAACAUUGAAAAUACUGAUGUUUAUUGAAAAGUGAUUGGAUUAAGCUUACCGGAGUCUUUAUAAAUAUCCGUGAAAACUAUUGGAACGUCGUCGCAGCGAAUGUAGUUUCGUUCACGUCCACAUAACGAAACAAAAGGGAAGUCCUCGCGGUACCGAUCGCCGUUGUUCAGUCGGAUGCGUUUGAAAAAGAACUCUAGAAAUUUUUUCUCCUUGAAGCACGAGGUGAAGUUCUUUAUCCGAGCGUCGUCCAGGAAUAGCUGAAAAGUAAACAAAUCUGUAUGAAAAUUUAAUGGAUAUUUAUGGUAUAUAAUAUGUACUUUGUUAUUCUAGAAUUCAGAAUAAUCUUCUAUACAGGCAAAUUUUUUUAUGUGCGAGCAAAACUUCAGCAGUAGCUUUUUUUGAAAAUGAAUUAGAAAUUCGCGAUACUUUUUGAACAGAUCUGGUACAGCCGUUCCAUGCAAACCGUUAUGGUGGUUCUCCGAUUUUCAUCAAAAUUGGUAAUUUUGUUCCUUAUCGCAAAAUAUUAGAUCCGUAUUUUUUAUUUUUUCAUUUGGGUGACCAUUUCAAUAUUAGUGUCAUCCGAAAAAUCUUUUUUUUUCCACUUUUUCAAAAAAUCAUAACUUUUGAACUACUGGACCGAUUCAGAUGAUCGAAAUAUCAAAUCAAGCCAGUUAUAUAAUCUUUUAUGUAAAAAUAUUAUACUUGCGCAAAAGACAAAAAAUAAUUUUAAAAAUCAUAAUUCAAAAACGAAAAAAACAUAUCUGAUUUUUGAACAUGUUAUGUGAAAAAUUCUCAGCUUUCAAGGAAAAAAAAAAAAAAAAAUAGCGCCCUUGGUCCCGAGACCAUGAAAACUAUAAAAAAUAAAUAUAAUCAAUAACCACGAAAACAAAAUUAAAAUUUUUUUUAUUUUUAUUUUUAUUUUUUUACAAGUACAGUAUUUUUUUUUCAAAAAAGGCCAUCUGGCUUCAAUUUGACAUGUCGAUCAUCCAGUAGUUCAAAAGUUAUAAAUUUUUGAAAAAAGUCAUUUUUGGAAAAAAGAGGAUAAAUUACAUUUUUCGAACCACCCUGAAGUAGAAGUGGGCACCCUAAUGAAAAAAUACGGGUUUAAUAUGGGUCUAAGGAACAAAACUACCACUUUCCAUUAAAAUUGGAAAACCACUAUCGGUUCGGUAUGGAAUAACUGUGUAGCAAAACCUGUCUUUGUGCGAGUUUUGUUAUGUGAUCGCACAAAAAAAUGCAUCAAAAUUUUUUUUUGCGUGGUAUUUGAAAACAAUGGAGUCAUCGAUCAUUUAUUUUGUUUUUUCUAUCUUUGAAAUGUAUUUCAUCGCUCUACAUAGGGACUGUGUCAGCAAAUUUUCAUUCUCAUGUUGUUUUGUUUGUUUUAUGGUGUCAGUAGGAGCUUAUUGAAAGGAGCAAAGAGUUGAUUUUAUGAUCUGCGCAAGUGAGUAGGCCGCUUAUCAAAGCGGAAAAAGGAAAUCGAAUGAUGAUCAUGAAUGGAAUCAUUAGGAUUUGGGUUAUUUUCUUAAGGAAACCUUGAGGUCCCCGUCCACCGUAUAAAAAAUGUUCUCAAAUUGUGUAGCGAACACUAUUUUUUAAAGCUACUGGUGAAGUUUAGUACGAUUUUUUAUGCGAUUUUUUUUGUGCGGAUCCUAUUACCCGCACCAAAACAGGUUUGCCUGUGUAUAUAAAUGGAGUUCUGUCUGUCCGUCUUUCUGUCUGUCUGAUUCAUAUGAACUUGGAAAUUACUGAACUGAUCGGUGUAAAAAUUUUUUUGUAGGGGUUUUUGGGGCCGGGGAAGGUUCUUAUGAUGGUUCGAGACUUCUCCCCCCUCUCUUUUUGCAUAACUCGAGAACUAAUCAAGCAAAUGAAACCAAAUUUGGCAUGUAAAGGUUUCAGGGGGUAAGAAAAUUGGAAAAGGUCAAUACGGUGAACGAUAUAAUGAGAUGUUAUAGACAAUAGAUUUUGGAGUUUGGGUCCCAAACUCGAUGUUUACAAAAAUGCCCAAUAAGAGGUGAAAAUGUUCAAUUAUUCGUGUCGCAUUGCAGGUCUGUCCAAUUAGCCAGAUGUUGAAUUAGAUGUAACUUACUGUACUACUGAUAAAAAUUACGCAAGUAAUACUACGUUGAGAAGGAAAAAGUUUCACAGGACCGUUAGUGCCACCCAAGGAGAAGAUAGUGGGCCUGAUCACGAUCGUCACUUCACGGUGAAAACGAAGUGAAUUAUAUACAACGUUAUUACGGCUGCCACCGUCUGUGAUGAACUCGGUGUGAUUAUGAAUAUCACGAUACUGUCACGUCACGGGGAAAAACAAGUAUAUUUGUCACUUGUGUUCUAGAUGGUGAAAACUAGUCACGAGGAAUGGAGUAAAUUAAUUUUGGUUUUAUUUAGCUUUUUUGCUAACAUUUUGAAUCGUGUCUUGCUUUUUAAGAAAGAAAAGAUAAACAAACAGCAAUUUGCCCGCUUGGUGGCAUUUUUAGAACGAAAUCCUGACGUAUCCAGAGGACAUAAAUUUGUUUAUUUGGAUUCGAUAAAUGCACUAUGGGAUGUGAUUGAGGACUAAAAAUGUAGCUCCCGUAGACCAAUUGACACAUGGCGAAAGGUCUAAUUUCGAUUGUCCAAAAUGAAUAGAAAUUUUUUGCUUCUAUUUGAAGUAUUAGACUAACAGAGAGUUGCAACCCCAUAAAAUGGCAAUGAGAUGGAUAAAUUCGGGUUUAUUCUGAGAUAUAGAAGAUAUUAUUAUUCAUCAAAAUUGUAGAAACGGUUCUUAAAAAAUGAUUUCAACGUUGACAUAUACUAAGUACUUCUCACUAUUCAAACGAAUAAGACAGAGCUGAGUACAAGAGUAUGCGAGAUAUCGAUUAUUAAACUCAUGAUAGUCAUGCUUUAUCUCUAGAGUAAUUUAUAGAAAGAGGAAAUAAAAUUACAUUCCCAUAUGUUCAACAACUACAUCAUUCAAGAGCAACCAAGUAUUCCUCAUCAUUUUUGAACCAGCGUUCGAUUCAGUAAACUAACGCACCAAGCAAAUGAUUCAUGGAAUGAGUCCGAAUAGUUGGCAUUGAAAUUCCGAAUCAUCGAGGUAUAAUCGCAAACUUGUUAUUCUAAAACAUACGUUCAAUUAAUUGCAAUAUUAUCUUAUUAAUUUUACCUAUGUGGUGCCCGACUACCGAUCAUAGAAAAACUAUUAGUACAAAGAGCACAAGCAUAGGACAACACACAUCAUGUAAACUAUGGUAGGACAGAAAUGAUAAAAAGCCAUUCAAUAAAUACACGAAUAACCGACAGUACAUAAGUGAUUAUUAUUCCCGACCACCGAAACAGUGGACUUCCCUGGGGUUCCACAACCUACAUAACGUUCAAACGUCCGAAAUUAUGCAACCGACAUAACGUUCAAACGCCCGAAAUUAUGCAACUGACAUGUCUUUUAUAAACGGGAAUGAACUCUUUCACUUCACGGAGUUUAUUUUUACACGCAACUGUCCGUGACAAUGAUGAUAGACACAAAAAAAAUUAAGUGAAGUGCAAGUGACGUGGAAGCGUUUGUGACAGUGAUGUUCGUGAUCAGCCCCAGUAUAUAAAUAAAUUGGAAGAAAAUCUUUUUUCAAAGAUCGAGUCGGUAAACAUCGAUACUUCGGUACCGAUUUAAUCAGUGAAUCGAUCCCUAUGCCUUUUAGAAAAUCGAAUAUUCGUGAUCGAUCUUUUUAUUCAGAUCGCUCGAUCCUAGUGUAUAUACUGGACACAGAACAACUAUCGGAGAAGUUGUAGCACGGUACUGAGAUUCGGAUCCAACACAAUCUCAUCUGUGUGGAUCUGGGAUUCUCUCUUCUUUCCAUGUAUUGGAUGUUUGGCAACGCGAGUGCCGCUCCCGAUUUUAGAUCUGAGCAACUAGCCAUAAUGGGUGCUGGGUGUGACUGGGCGGCUGUUUUAGCCAAGACACCCACAUACCAACACUCCGAAAGACUAAUGCUUCCCUUUUUUUUGCUAUUUUUUCAUUUGGAUAUUUCCCCCAAAUAGCAGAGUCUUUCGGCGGGGUUGUCUUGUUCUUCAAAUUACAAAACCCGGCGAGCGCUUCGACUUGAACUCUGAUCGGGAGGUUAAAGGGUAUCGUCCGCGAAUGCUUGAAUGAGCGACCAAUGAAAGCGCAGGAUAAUUUCGGUGUGAAUACGGAAUAGUAAACAUCGUUAACUAUUACGUAAUUCCCGUUCCAGUGGAUGUCUCGCUGAUCUGAGAAUCUUGAGAUAUGCUUGCCCAUUCUGACUUCGACAGUGAAAAAAGCAGGAGCGGAUAAGUUUGUUCUUCAUCGCGAGUGGACGGUAAGAAGGUACCGUAGGUGAAAGGCUACACGUGCUAGUCAGUGUACUAAAGUUUUUUUUGUUUUAUGUUUAGUUUAAAAUUAAAGUAGUCAUAGUUUCUCCAAGAAAUCGGGUUAAACUAAUUUCCCGCUUGUGUCUCUCUUAAUCGAAAUCAAAGGUAAGCUUCGAUAUUCAAGGCAUGUGGCAGAUAAUAAAUUAAUUGUGGCAUAUGUGUGGUGUUUUCUAUUCUUUGUUGUGUGUAGAAAGGAGCCGUUUUCUGACCCCACGAUAGAGGCUUGGAGUGGACCAUGAUACUUUUGUAGAUCCACGUGGCCGCGCGGAACGCAAACUAUCACGUCAGGGGAAGGCGCAGCACGGCACAGCUAUCCGUCGUGCGCGCACUCAACGUCAACGUCGCAUCGCCCACACCUACGGACUCAUUAAUCAUCACUUACCGUGGGACUGUGAUAAGGUAGAUCCACGUUAAACCUAGGUAGUGUGAGUACGGAACCUAUUUUUAACCUUAAGUUAACAUGCGCAUGUAGGGUUCAAUAAGCAAAGCUAAAAACCCACACAAAUUAACAACGCCACAUAACAAUGCCACACAAUAACGAAGCGUAGAGAAUGAGCGACAGCGCGCACAUGCUGAUCGGUUGUAGGAGAGGUACACUCAAGAUGGAGAUCUCUGGACUUGAAUUCAUGGGUCCGAUGUUCAAACCCCACAAUUAUUUUUCGUUAAAUGUAGACUUGUUUUAAGUGAUGUUGAGAUGGAGAAUAUAAAUUUGUAAGAAGAGUGCUCAGUAAAAUAAUAUUUAUGUUCAUCAAUUGAAUAAAUGUUGCAUUAUUAGUGUAAUUUGAAGUAGAAAAACCGUGCAUUUACUGGCUAGCGGUACAGCCUAAACACCCGAAACAAUUUUUCAGAUAGGUAACGAGCGCCUCUGUUGCUUGAAUUGUGGAACGCGGACAAACGGUGUCGCGGGUCCUUCUUAGCGCAGGUGCAAGUCGCGGAACAAACCGUGGUUUGGAAACAAAGGACAAACCCGCCCGGUGUUGGGUGUCUCAUUGCCGGGCAAAGCAAGAACACGGCGGUUGGUCUCCCUCGCGGGAGUGGCACUUAAGCCAACCGCUUACCUGCGGAAAACCAUCCGGUCGCGACAAACUCGCGCGCUUUUCCGGCGUUGCGGGUUACAAAGUGGAAAAUGGGGUGAUCUGCCCCAUCUAUAAAAAAAGUGACAAGCUGAAUGAUGCUGAAUAAAAUCAUGUCUCAGAUAUUUUUUCGCCGUCUAUCGUAAAAUACUAAGCAGAUUUGUGGGGAAUUAUCAGACCGUAUUCAUGCCCGGUUGCUCGACGACGGACCAGAUUUUUACACAGCGGCAGAUCACGAUUUUACUUCGAAAGCUGACAUGAUUGAUUCAGGCAACGAUGAAUGGUUUGCCGUGCAGUGUGCGGUCUUUCGGAAUUAUUUGAGAUCUACAUGUGUCUACGACAAGGCGAUGGACUCUGCUGUCAGCUCUCCAGCGUGACGCUGGAAAGUGAUAUGGGGAGAACUGGUUUCAACAUACAGGGCAAAAUUUUCAACAAGUCUCGUCAGUUUAUCUGCUUCGUCGGUAAUGUAGACAUAACCGGAAGGACACAUGCGGCGGUAGCGGACUUGAGUACUCGACUGAAACACGAAACAUAGCUGAUUGGGCUUGAAAUCAAUGCAUCUAUAACUAAAUACGUGCUAGCAGAAGGGGCUGGUCGUAACACAAUUCUUCUUUGUAGAGAUCGAUGGCUCGAGGCGGUCGAGCAAUUCGUAUACCAUGACUCGUUUAUAACAACCGACACAGCCGUGAAUUUAGAAGAUGCAUGGUCAACUGAACUCGUGCCUACUAUAGACCCCACAAAUCUGUAAGGUCCAACAAGUUUCGACUCCGUACAAAGUGUAUCAAAUAUCUUAUAUGACCGGUAGUCUUCCAACGGCACGAAGCACAGAGUACUCGCAUGCACUUGUUGUUUUCGAACGCCAAGUUCUGGAACAAUAUACGGCGAUGUACGAACAAUGUAUUGUGGUGUAGAAUGUAUUUUCUGCAUGUGCACAUCAGAUCUGGAAAACGGUUCAAUGUCUUUAUUUUAUCCCAAAACUGGAUUAUCUCACCCGCCUCAUUACUAAACACUAUCAGCUCACCAUUCCUUCGUGAUCGAUGUAAUAGAAAUACUCCCGAAGUUUUGGCGCCGGCGAUUGACCCUGCACGUACUGAACUGUCGAAGGAAAGCCUUUCCGUGCCGACAGAAAGAGCAAUCGCUUGAAAAUCAUUGUCUUUUCUUAGAAAACGCAACUGAUAUCUCAGAAUCUCUGCUCAAUAAUAUUACGCGACACUUUACAUAUAAACAGAAAACAGGUGAUUCUGUACGGCUAAUCGCGUUGACGGCAUUGAGCUUCGUGUUCCGAUGUGUGAAGCGCAAAUGAUAAUGCAUUUCUUGGUAGAGAAAACAUACUUUUAGAAUAAAAACUAUGAAUGAGAGUUAACUUUUUCGUAUCAAAUAUCUAUUUUGUGUAACUAAUUUAUUCACAAUAGGUGAAAAAACAAAAGCAAAAAAUGUUUCUGAUAGUGAUUCUAUAUUAUAUUAAUGAGCUUUUGGUGGAAAUAUCAGAAAAAUUUCUAAAAAAAUGUUAAAUAAGGCCCAGAACUACGUAUCUAAAGUAGUCAAAUAAUGUCACGUAAAAAGUUUCAUUCAAAUUUUAUCAAUUCAAAACAUCAUUUGAGCAUGCUUAUCUGAUAGAAAAUAAUCUGUCUCACAAACAAAAAUGUUGCCACCAGAUGUCGACUAUGUA